ACCUACGAGAUGACGUAGCACAGGGCGACGCGGCGGCCAAAAGUAAAGAUGGCGGACUUCUCGGGGAGCGAGCUGUCAGAGGAGAAAGAAGCCGAAAUUGAGCUGAAGAAAAGGCAGAAAAGACCGUGGGAGGAUUUGCACAAGUCGGGUAAAAUCAGCAUAACCCCGGAGCUGCCGGAGACGUUGGGAUUUUACGACAUAAGCGCUGUCCGGAGGGAGCAACGGGAGCUCUCAGCAGAUCCGUCGUUGACACGCUUCAUUUGCGCCGAGCUCACCAGAGGAUACUUCCUGGAACACAAUGAGGCAAAGUACACCGAGCGCAGGGAGAGGGUUUACACAUGCAUGCGUAUUCCCAAGGAGCUGGAGAAGCUGAUGAUCUUCGGCUUCUUCUUGUGUGUGGACGCCUUCCUGUACGUCUUCACCUUGCUCCCCCUCAGGGUGCUGCUGGCCCUGCUCCGCCUCCUCACGCUUCCAUGCUGCGGCUUCAGGGCACGCACAUGCCCCUACUGCAGAAGAAGCAGUGGGUCGCGGCUGCUGCAGCCGGCACAGGUGUGCGACGUGCUGAAGGGCCUGAUCCUGGUGCUGUGCUUCUCCAUGAUGCAUUACGUGGAUUACUCCAUGAUGUACCACCUGAUCAGAGGACAGUCUGUCAUUAAACUCUACAUCAUCUACAACAUGUUGGAGGUUGCAGACCGUCUCUUCUCCUCCUUCGGUCAAGACAUUCUGGAUGCUCUGUACUGGACGGCCACAGAACCCAAAGAACGGAAGAGAGACAGCAUAGGAGUCAUCCCCCACUUUUUCAUGGCCGUCUUUUAUGUCUUUCUUCAUUCUAUCCUCAUCAUGGUCCAAGCCUCGACUCUUAACGUUGCCUUCAACUCCCACAACAAGUCUCUGCUCACCAUCAUGAUGUCCAACAAUUUUGUGGAAAUCAAGGGAAGUGUGUUCAAGAAAUUUGAGAAGAACAACUUAUUCCAAAUGUCCAACAGCGAUAUCAAAGAACGGUUCACCAGCUACGUUCUCCUGCUCAUCGUUUGUCUCAGGAAUAUGGAGCAGUUCUCAUGGAACCCAGAGCACCUGUGGGUGUUGUUCCCUGACGUCUUCAUGGUCGUCACAUCUGAAGUUGCUGUUGACAUCAUUAAACAUGCAUUCAUCACGAAGUUCAACGACAUAACUGCAGAUGUGUACAGUGAAUACAGAGCCAGUCUGGCCUUUGAUCUCGUCAGCAGUCGACAGAAGAAUGCUUGCACUGACUACAGUGACUCAGUGGCCCGGAGGAUGGGCUUCAUCCCUCUGCCACUGGCUGUUCUGCUGAUCCGAGUGGUGAUGAGUUCAGUGAAGGUGCAGGGAGCGCUGUCGUACACGUGUGUCUUCCUAUUUUAUCUUGGGCUGGUCACACUGAAAGUGUUGAACAGUAUUGUGCUGCUGGGAAAGUCGUGUGUUUACGUCAAGAGAGCCAACAUGGAGGACAAACUGUUUGAGAAGCCCUCGACUGCUCCGUCCUCUUCCGCCAAGAGCCCCAGCAAAGCGGAGCCUGCCAGAUGCACCUCUCCUUCAGUUGAGUCUACGGUGGAGCUGAUCCCUGCCACGCCCCUUAGCCCGUCCUCCUCCUCCUCCUCCCCCUCCGUGACCACGCAGCCCACUCCCAGGACUGACUUGUUCCCUCCUCCGCUCACUGAGUCCUCCCCUGCUUCACCGGCUAGCCGUCCUCCCACUCCACCACCCGAACCUGAACCAGAACAACCUACAGCCUCACCGUCGAAGGAAGAGGAGGGGGACCCGCAAGGAGCCUCUGAAAUAAAGCACAGGACUCCCAAUAAAGACCUGCUGGAGAUCGACCGUUUCACAAUCUGUGGUAACCGCAUCGACUGACCAACAGCAGCUGCUGAUGUAGCGAUUAACCACUCAGGAAAGACGGCGAGACGAGGCCUCCCUGCCUGGCUCUCCAGGCCGGCAGCAGCAGACAGCAGAGUAUUUAUUAAAGCCAGUAAGUUAUUGUGAAUGUGGACACACCGUGUCAGACGAUUCUGCUGUUGUUGAAGUCUGAUGUCGAAAGGUUUGAAGAAAACUUCAGCUGGUGAUAAACAGCAGGAGAUAGAAAGUGGCAUGUGUCACUGUGUGUGUGAGUGCGUGUGUGUGUGUGAGGAUGGUUCAGUAUUUCGAGUGAGUGUUUAGGUGUGUGUUUGUGUGUGACAGCAUAUGUGUGAACGUUACAGCACACAAGCACUUCCUGUACAAGCAGCACUGGGACCAGGAGAAGAAAAGUUCCUCAGAAAAACUGACUGAUUAGAGGCAGCACUUGGAUCGUUAGUGUUUCCUUUGUCAGCCACAAAACAAGCGUUGGAGUUUAUUGUUGAAUCUCGUCAUCAGCAUGUCGAGACCAACCAGACUGCUCAGACUCUGGUAUUAACGUGCAACCUGGGUGAUCUGAUCACAAGUGACCAGCUUUAGGUACAGAUGUGAGCAUAUCCAAGAAACACUGAGGAGGUGAUCUGAUUGGUCGGAUUUUGGCGACUGUAGAACACUUGAAAAAAAAAAAAACACAACUACACAACAACUAUUUUAUAUGAGCAAGUGUUCAUAAGUAGGUGCAUCUCUUAUUCACUUCUUAUAGUUGUUAAUAAACUAAAUAAUAAAUCUAAACAAGAAUUGAUAAAUUCUUAGUGAUGUGCUCCAGGUGACGUACAAAGUCUAGAUAUGAGGAGUCAAGGUAGUCGAUGGAACCAGACACUACUGUGUGUGGGCGAGUCAUAAUCUGAGCUACUAACCUCAGGUUGUGAGAUCAAAAGAUGAAUAAUAAUAUGUGCUCUCAUUGAGUUAGAUUCUUUGCAGCUCAUUAUCUUCCACUAUUUUGUAUCAUGUCCCCACGCUGAGACGCAAGCACAACUAAAAGAGACAGCAGCUGUUAACCAGGUUCUACUGCUCCCAAAUGAUGUUAGCGUUUAUAUACAAACACAGCGCAAGACUGAGAUUUGAUCAUACAAGAUGUGUGUUAAUACAGAGUCAGGUCUGAGGUUUGUUUUUAUUUUAUUUUAUUUUAUUUUUCUAAGAACAAUGAGCUAAGACAUUUAGUCAGGCAAAAAGUCAGCUGUUCCCAACCUUAGGAUCAGGGCCCCUUAGGUGAGUCAUACAAUUAUUAUUAAUAAACAGAAAAAAAACACAUCUGCCUCACAACAUUAUGUUUAUCAGACUUUUCCUGCCACAUUUCCUUUUUUGUUACAGCUUAAUUUACAUUUUAGGUGUUUAAAAUAUGUGCUGAUGAAACUAAACAGAGAACAAACGAUGGUCGAGCAGGUUGGGAAUGGCAGCUCGGAGCAGAGACGCUGUCAAUAUGAGAGUCUGUUGAUUACCGCUCACACCAUUAACCGCUCCGUUCCGUUCUGGUGAUUACAGUCUAUACCUCCAAACCUGGAGCAGGUUUAAAUGUUGAAGUGAACAUCGUUUGAUGACGUUACAAACGGGACUCAGAAAGUGACUUUGAAAAUAGAGCCUUAAGUAGAGCUUUAUGUUUACACAGCCAUUAGAUGAAGUCACUUACAGCUCACUCUGCGCCUUCAGCCACUAAAAGACAUUUAUUAAAGGAGCUAGUCAUUGAACGAAAAGAACAGAAGUGAUGGUAAAUCUGCUGCUUGUACCAGCCGCUUACAGUCGGGUCCAUUUAGUUUCUAGUUUCAUUUUAUAGGUAUAUAAUAGGUGAGUAAUCAUCUGAAAUUCAUCAUUUAAUAUCUCUAAAAUGCAGAUAAUCAGUGGAAAGAGGUUAUAAAGAGAUAGAACACAAAUCAUUUUAUUAUAAAAAUGGUAUUUAAUCUGUCAUUACUUUGGUCUGGGGGAUGUUUGCACUGAUGGACCGUACCUUCUUCAGAUACGGUUGCGUUUCUCGUUGGACUCAAGUAAUGCUCUAAUGUUUACAUCUUAGGAUGAUAAAAGCAAUAUUUCCACAACUAAAUGCCUUUUUAUUCUGCAUGUGUGUGAUUUAAAAUCCAGACUUUGUUGACUGACGUUGUGAAGUUAUUUGAACUUUGCUUUUAUUGCAAUGUUGAAAUCUAUAAAUAUAAAAUAAAUAAUAAACCAGCUUUUGUUUGCCACAUAUAUAUAAAUAUAUGUAUAUAACAGAGUGUAAAAAAAAAGUUCCUAACUUUAUUAGAGUUUUCAAUUAAUGCCUGACAUUUGAUUUGUAUCAGGGUUCAAUCACUUCUGGUCAUUUUAUCUAAAUUUAUUUAAAUUACAUUCUGUUGUACUUCCUGGUUUCUUCCAGUGUUGAGCUUUGAAUUAUUCCACAGCAGCUGUAUGAAGAUGUGAGUUCAAUAUAAAAUUAUCUUACGUAGAAACAUAGUGUUGAUUUGAUUGGAUAAAGGGUUCUUUAUAAUGUCCAUUACCACUGUAAUAAAGUUCUAUUUUUGGAGCUGCAAGUUGAUGAUAAUAUUUUCAUUCAUGAAAAUAUCGGUCGGCUCUCAGUCUGGUUGUGGUUGGAGAUAAAAGGAACCUCCAUGAACGACAUCUGGAACCAGCUGAGCUCAACGCUCAACAGAGCUGAUGGAGAUGAGGCAGAGGUGUCGUGGGUCCAGUACACUGCCUGCUUCAUUCCAUCACUUUGGGCCCAUAUUUAAUUUCUACCUUGAUAUUGUAUGAACUAUGAAGCUUUGGAAUAAAAAACUUUGGUUUCCUAA